CCUCCCUCUUUCUCCUACCCUUCUCCCAAUCUCGCUAAAACGAAACGCGAAAACGUAUAAAUUUCGUUCCUCUUUUGCUGUUCGUCACCUCCAGUUUCGUUUCCACCUCGAAAGAUUCGAACUUUCGUUUGAAAGAUCGCAAAAUUUCCGCCUUCUCGAUCGUGUUCGAGCUGGUUUCCCUGCGUUCUGUGUGCUCUUUGGUUAUUUGAAUCCGUGGAUGGAAAAGAGGGCAUUCGGGAAGCGGCUUCUGGCGCAGGAGAGGGGAGGAGGCGCUGAAAGAAGCUGUGGUGAUUGAGGCGGUGGGACGAUCUGGAGAUCUGGCGAAGGUUCUGGUGAUCUGCCAGGUUUGGGAUGUUCGAGUGAUCUGGCCCCAGCCCGGGGUUCGGGAUCCGGAACGGGAUGGUGGUGGAGGACGGUGCGGGGACUCGGAUCGCGGGCAAGCCCGACGCCUCGAGCUUCUACCUCCAUAAAUUUAGGCUCUACGAGACUCGAUCGAAAUUUUAUAUGAUUGGAAGAGACAAGAAAAGAACAUUGUGGAGAGUGUUAAAGAUUGACAGAUCAGAACUCUCGGAGCUUAACAUCCGUGAGGAUGCUACAACCUACUCUGAAAGUGAAUGCAAUGAAUUGUUGAACCGAAUAGAUGAGGGAAACAGGUCGACCGGUGGACUAAAAUUUGUCACCAACUGUUAUGGCAUUGUUGGAUUUGUUAAGUUUUUGGGGCCUUAUUAUAUGCUGCUUAUUACUAGAAGGCGGCAAAUUGGUGCUAUAUAUGGCCAUACUAUUUAUGCUGUCACCAAAAGUGAGAUGAUUGCACUUCCAAAUUCUACCAUCAGCUCUAAUCUGACUUAUUCUAAGAAUGAAAACAGAUACAAAAAGUUAUUAUGUACAGUGGAUCUCACAAAGGACUUCUUUUUUAGCUACUCAUACCAUGUCAUGCGAAGCCUCCAAAAGAAUAUAUCUGACAGUCAAACAGGACAAGCAUUAUAUGAAUCCAUGUUCGUCUGGAAUGAAUUUUUGACACGUGGAAUCCAUAAUCAACUUAAAAAUACUCUAUGGACAGUUGCUUUAGUAUAUGGUUUUUUCAAGCAGGCAAAACUUUCAGUAUCUGGGAAGAUUUUUAGAUUGACACUCAUUGCCAGGCGCUCACGUCACUAUGCCGGCACUAGAUAUCUGAAGCGUGGUGUUAAUGAGAAGGGUAGGGUGGCAAAUGAUGUUGAGACAGAACAAAUUGUUUUUGAAGACAUUCAUGGUGGGAUUCCAACUCAUAUUUGUUCAGUUGUUCAGAAUAGGGGUUCGAUACCACUUUUUUGGUCACAAGAAACCUCAAGGCUGAAUCUGAAGCCUGAUAUUGUCUUGCAUAGAAAGGAUACAGAUUAUGAAGCUACGCGGCUUCAUUUUGAGAAUCUUGUAAAAAGAUAUGGGAACCCUAUAAUCAUUUUAAACUUGAUUAAGUCAGAAGAGAAGAAACCCCGAGAAUCUAUUCUUCGCUCGGAAUUUGCUAAUGCCAUUGAAUUUAUAAAUAAAGAUCUGCCAAAUGAAAAUCGUUUAAAGUUCUUGCACUGGGACCUUCAUAAACAUUCUCGGAGUAAGGCUAAAGGUGUGCUUACUUUGCUGGGAAAAGUUGCGACCUACGCCUUGAAUCUAACUGGCUUCUUCCAUUGUGAAGUGACACCAGCUUUAGGGUUUGAUGUUGCUUUAGGGGGGCCUGUCAUUUUGAAAGACCAUGCUGGUCUCUGGUCAUUUAAUUUCAAUAACAAUGUCAACAACUAUAUCAACAACACGGAUGGCUAUACUACUAAUAGAGAUGGUUCUCAAGAAGAUAACAUGAUGGGAGAUGGUACUCAAGAAGAUAAAAUGGUAAGAGAUGCUUCUCAAGAGGCCAAACAGGGAACUGCAGAAAAUAAAGAUGGCAACUGCGGAAUUUGCUUGACGAAACCCAUUAAAUUUCAGAAAGGAGUCUUGCGUACAAAUUGCAUAGACUGUUUAGAUCGCACAAAUGUUGCUCAAUAUGCAUAUGGUUUAGCUGCUCUUGGGCAUCAGCUUCAUGCGUUAAGCCUAAUACGUGUACCAAAGAUUGAUCUAGAUGCCCCUUUGGCUGAUGAUUUAAUGAGCUUUUAUGAAACAAUGGGGGACACACUUGCUCAUCAAUAUGGCGGUUCUGCUGCUCAUAACAAGAUAUUCUCUGAGAGAAGAGGCCUUUGGAAAGCUGCAGUACAAUCGCAAGAGUUCUUUAGAACACUUCAAAGAUACUACAGCAAUGCCUAUAUGGAUGCUGAAAAACAGGCUGCAAUAAAUUUAUUUCUGGGCCAUUUCCAACCUCUACAGGGUAAACCGGCAAUAUGGGAGCUGGACUCUGAUCAGCAUUGCAGUGUGGGAAAAAGUGGUCAUGCUUUUGCUGAUGAAUGCUCCAGGUCUUAUAUCAAAAGAUCCUUAUCAGAUGGCAACAUUCUUUGUGAAAGUGAUUCGCCUUUCUCCAGCCGCACUAUUGGUCAGAGAAAACCCUCAACAUUAUCUGGAAGAAUUCAACAGGAAAAUGAAAAGAAUCUUUGCUGUUCAACACCAGAAAUUUCAACUUGUGGAAGUGAUGUAUCAUAUUCCAGGUACACUCCCACAAUGUCCAGAAGGCAGCUCUUUGCAGAUGGUGAGCACAAUUUUGUCUAUGAACAUGGAGAAUCAAAUUUUCUGGAUCUUGAUUGGCUGUCAUCAUCUGGUAAUUCAUGCGAUGAAGAAAUUUAUGAUAGGUUGAACUCCCCAAUUGAGAAUCUUUUGACUGAAAACAUUAAUGGCAUGAAUGCUGAGACAAUCUCUCCUCUAUGUGAAGAUGGAUCUGGCAUUAAGAGGAAGCAAAUUUCGGGGAAGGAAUUGGCUUAUGAUCCUGUCCGAAACUACGAUAUUCUCAGCGAAUUUUCUGACAGUUUUAUCCGUUGGGUUAUCCAUGGAGAGACUUUAUGCCAUUGAUGCCGGAUGUUAUAGUUACAUUUUUGGCAUAUCCACCUGAUUGUCGGCUCCAAAUCACCGAAGGAUUGGAUGACGGCAAGAAUGAAAAAGGGUUUGGGUGAAGGAAGACAAAAAAGGUGCGGGUAUGCAUUUUGUGUUGAGGUAUUCCCACUCCUCCAUUUUGGUUGAGAAAUGUGCAAAGAGUGCGUUGUUUGGCAGUGCUAUCGUCUUCCGUAGUCUGACAGAAGUACAAGUAUAUAUAGGUAAGUUCGUCUGGGUUUCUCUGAAACGGAAACCCAAAGUUCAAAUCAAUGUAAAUAUUGAUAUAGACAUUGUUGCUUCUCAAGUAUCAUUAAUUCUUUCUUUUUUAUUCUCAA